UUAUGGAAGCUUAAGCGAAAGUAUAUUGAAAGUAAUUAAAAUAACUUGAAUGAAGAUCAUUGCAAUGGUGAAAAUUUACUUUAGAGCAAGGGUGAUCAAUGCCAAUUGCAUAAUGCAAAGGAAGUCCAUGGCUUAAGAGAUUAUCAUUUGCACUUCUUGCAUAUGGCGGAUAAUCACACCUAGUUCAAAAAAAGAAAAAAGAGGGAAUGUGGCCUUCAGCCUUAGAGAUGAAUACGAUAAAAUUUAUAAAAUGAAAACGGAAAUGAAAGAUAAAAUUAGUUAAGAUAAAGAGAAAACUAACUUAGAAUAAGAAUCUACUAACGAGAAUGUGGCCUUCAGCCUUAAAGAUGAAUAUAAUAAAAUUUAUGAGAUGGAAACGGAAAUGAAAGAUGAAAUUAAUUAAGAUAAAGGGAAAACUAACAUAGAAUAAGAAUCUAUUAACGUUAAAAUAUUAUAUAAGUGAAAAUGUGAAGUAGGAAUUUAAUUAAAUGUGAAGUAGAAAUUUAAUUGUACUAAUCGUACUAACACUUUAACAAUACAAUCAUACUAACACUCUAACAAACUAAUCGUAGAGCUAGACAAAACGACAUUUAUCAUUCCAGUCUCACGUGGUUCACGGCCGUGAACAGUCUACAAAUCUUCGAAUACCACUCGCAGUUGGUUACAUUCAAAUACGGCAAAGGUUGGCUGGUUGAUGGAAGGUUUAACCUGGUUCAUGUUAUCAACUUAGAGGAAUACGAGCGCCUAUUAGGCCAAACCGUGGCAAUGCUGGAAAAAAUUGCUGUGGAUGAGAAAGAACGGAUGGUAAUUGAUUUCCAUGUUAAUACAAUUUUUUCCCAAUUAGAUACGCUUAGGGGUAAAUACAAGAAGCAGAAACGCUCUAUCAACUGGAUCGGUUCAGCUUGGAAGUGGUUGGCUGGCAAUCCGGAUGCAGCAGAUUGGGAUAAUGUGUUGAGGUCUGAACAAAGCAUCAUUGAAAAUAAUAAUCACCAAUACGUGAUCAACGAUCGACUCUUUAAAGCGUCACAGGAAACAAUAUCCAAGGUUAAUGCAAUGGUGGCGCGAUUUCACAACGAGGUCAAUGCAACGAACGUCGAAAAAUUCAUUAAUCAAAUCCUACGCCAAAUAAUGGUCAUCAAAGAAGAGGUAAACGAGGUUAUGAGAGCCGCGCAAAUGGCCAAAGGUGGCAUAGUCAACUCUAAUGUACUCGACAGAGAAGAAAUUCACCGCAUAAUUGACGAAAUUGCAACACUCCCUUAUUCUAAUGAAUUGGAGGCCAUCGAGUACGCCGAUCCAAGGGUAUGCACAAACGGUUCAAUGAUUCUCUAUGUCCUUUCACUGCCCAAGGAAGGAAAGGUUAUAGACUUACCGUUUAACACGUUGCUGGUUAAUGAGAAAGAGACAUAUGGCAUCACCAAACCAUGCAUGCGAAUCAACAACAAUACCGUGUGUGAGGAAACGAGCUUGAGAAAACUCCCUGAAGAUGAUUGUGUUUCAAUUCUCAUCAAAGGAGGUGAAGCAAAAUGUUCCUACAGAUCCUGUGAAGAAGAGGUUGUCGAACUUGUUAUGGAAGACACCAUAUUCAUUACCAAUUUUAGAGGUAAUCUCCAGAGUGGUUACAUUACUAAAUUCCUUUCGGGAACCUACGCAGUGCGACUUAACAACGAAGAAGUGAAAAUAAAAAACGUUACGUACACCAGCCGAAGUGAGACAUCUAUACAAAUCCUACCCCAGAUCGUCACAACCAUCCUAGAAGAAAGGCGGCAGCUUGACAUAGGAUAUCUUCACAAUAUGAAUACGCUUAGGGGUAAAUACAAGAAGCAGAAACGCUCUAUCAACUGGAUCGGUUCAUCUUGGAAGUGGUUGGCUGGCAAUCCGGAUGCAGCAGAUUGGGAUAAUGUGUUGAGGUCUGAACAAAGCAUCAUUGAAAAUAAUAAUCACCAAUACGUGAUCAACGAUCGACUCUUUAAAGCGUCACAGGAAACAAUAUCCAAGGUUAAUGCAAUGGUGGCGCGAUUUCACAACGAGGUCAAUGCAACGAACGUCGAAAAAUUCAUUAAUCAAAUCCUACGCCAAAUAAUGGUCAUCAAAGAAGAGGUAAACGAGGUUAUGAGAGCCGCGCAAAUGGCCAAAGGUGGCAUAGUCAACUCUAAUGUACUCGACAGAGAAGAAAUUCACCGCAUAAUUGACGAAAUUGCAACACUCCCUUAUUCUAAUGAAUUGGAGGCCAUCGAGUACGCCGAUCCAAGGGUAUGCACAAACGGUUCAAUGAUUCUCUAUGUCCUUUCACUGCCCAAGGAAGGAAAGGUUAUAGACUUACCGUUUAACACGUUGCUGGUUAAUGAGAAAGAGACAUAUGGCAUCACCAAACCAUGCAUGCGAAUCAACAACAAUACCGUGUGUGAGGAAACGAGCUUGAGAAAACUCCCUGAAGAUGAUUGUGUUUCAAUUCUCAUCAAAGGAGGUGAAGCAAAAUGUUCCUACAGAUCCUGUGAAGAAGAGGUUGUCGAACUUGUUAUGGAAGACACCAUAUUCAUUACCAAUUUUAGAGGUAAUCUCCAGAGUGGUUACAUUACUAAAUUCCUUUCGGGAACCUACGCAGUGCGACUUAACAACGAAGAAGUGAAAAUAAAAAACGUUACGUACACCAGCCGAAGUGAGACAUCUAUACAAAUCCUACCCCAGAUCGUCACAACCAUCCUAGAAGAAAGGCGGCAGCUUGACAUAGGAUAUCUUCACAAUAUGA